AUGCCUGAUUCCCUGGUUGCUAGGUGCAUUUAUUCAGGAAAAGGUUAUAUGAUUCCUCUGAAUCAAUGUAUGAGCUUUUCCGACUUGUAUGAAGAUGUUUUCAGUACGUUCCAGUUUUUGCCAGGUGAUGUUCUUGAGCUUCAGUAUUCACUACCGGGUUGUGAAGUGUGUUUUCUUCGUUCCGAUCGUGAUUUCCAGAUGCUGUUUUGCGGUGCUAGAAUACAUAAUUUAGAAUGUGUUGAGAUUUCAGUUUUAAAGAUGGGUGGAAGUUGCAGCAACACAUGUUCAGUGGAUAGUCGUUCGGAAUUUGUUGAUGAGGAAGAUUUUUUGGGGGAGGCAUUUAGGAUUGAAGUUCACAAGUCGUAUUUGUUUGAUGAGUGGAGUUCCUAUAUUCAUCAUGUUGGGGAGAAGUUUCAUGGUGCAGCUGAGCUCCGUGAGAAACUCAGGAAGUAUGCAAUUGCAGUUGGUUUCGAGUUCGUUUUUUUUUUUAGAAAUGAUUUGGACCGUAUUCAUGCAGUUUGUUCAAAUGUUGGUGUAGUUCGGACUCAAAAGCACAAGUUUCUGGGAUCCAAGGUUGUGAAGACUUGCAUUGCUGCCGAUGUUAGCUAUAAUCUUUCUCUGAAGCCACGGGAAAUUAUGAGUAAAUUCAAGUCAACAUAUGGUUUUGAUAUUUCCUACAAGGUUGCCUUGAAAGCGAAGCAUAGUGCUACAGAAGCGAUUUAUGGUUCCGAUGCAGAUUCAUUCAGCAAGUUAUCUUGGUAUAAGGAAGCCGUUUUGGAGAGUAAUCCGGGCUCUUCUUUUGUGUUGGAAGUUGACCCAUCCACUAAUCGUUUUCUUAGGCUUUUCGUAGCUUACGGAGGUUGUAUUGAAGGCUUCCAAUUCUGUCUGCCGGUGUUGUAUGUUGAUGGAACGUUUGGUAAAAGCAUUUACAAGGGUCAGAUUCUUUCUGCAACUGGAAGGAAUGGAAAUCAAGGUUUUUACCCACUAGCCAUAUGUUUUUGUGACUCUAAGACAAAAACAAAUUGGACAUUCUUUUUCAAGCAUUUGAAGAGUUUACUUGAACCUCAAGGAAGAGUCAUCACAUUUAUUAGUGAUCGGGGUACCGGACUGUUGAGUGCUUUCGAUAAGGUAUUUCCUGGACAUCCUCACCUGUUUUGUUACAAGCAUUUAGUGGCAAACCUUGCCGCUAAAUAUAAGGGUAAAAGCAAUUCUGUGAUGAUAGACGAGGUUAAGCAAAAGUUUUUUAAGGUUGCAUAUUCCUCUACCGAGAAGGAAUACCGUUUCAAUUUACGGUUGCUUAGGCAAGAGGGUGGGGCUGAGAUUAUUGACCCAUUUCUUGCUGAAAUUCCAGUUGAACAUUGGUGCCGCGCAUUUUAUACAGGCGACCGAUAUGGAAUAAUGGCCAAUGGGAUUGCAGAAUCAUUUAACUCUUGGAUUUCACUUGAGCAUUUGAUGCCCAUCAAUUUUUUUCCUUGUCCUCACGGCCUUGCUGCAAUACAAGCUGCUUCUGAAAAUGUAUAUCAUGAUUAUAUUGAUAAGUACUUUAGUGUUGAUAUGUUCAAGAAGAGCUACAGUUUUCCCAUCCGGCCAACAACCAAUGUUGAUAUGUCUUCUUCUGAAUCUUCUACUGACUGUAUAUUACCUCCCCUUGCGAAGAGGCCACCUGGGAGGCCCAGGGUGAAGCGGUUCAAGUCUAUUGGAGAGGUCGAAAAGAAGCUGAUUCGUUGCGGCCGUUGCGGAAAAAUGGGCACUCAUAACAAGAAGAACUGCACAGAACCUCUCGUUCAGUAG